CGGCCAGUCCGCCGCGGGGUCGCCGUCUCCCACCACCUGCUGCUGCGGCUGCUGCUGUCCUCGGCUCCUCUCGCCUCUCGCAGCGCCGCUCCAAGCCGGCCAGACCCCCUCUCUUCCUCGCAUCGACUUCUAGAUUCCAACAUGCCUUCAGAGACACCCCAGGCUGAGGACAGUGCUACAGGGUGCCCCCACCGCUCGGGGGUGCACUCGGAGAAAGGACACCUGGAAAGGGGACCUUCGGGGGACAAGGAACACGUGUGGAUCCGGCCUGAUACCCCGAGCAGGUGCACCUGGCACCUGGGCAGGCCCAUCUCCGACUCCCCACAUCACCAUGCUGUCAUGCCCAAGCCUCCAAAAAUCUUGCCAGACAUUCUGAUGAAAAUUGGGAACACUCCCAUGGUCAAAAUUAACAAGAUCGGGAAGAAUGCAGGCCUGAAGUGUGAACUAUUGGCCAAGUGUGAGUUCUUCAAUGCGGGUGGGAGUGUGAAGGACCGCAUCAGCCUGCGGAUGAUCGAGGACGCGGAGCGAGCUGGGACUCUGAAGCCAGGGGACACCAUCAUCGAGCCCACCUCUGGGAAUACAGGGAUCGGCCUGGCCCUCGCCGCUGCGGUGAAAGGCUACCGCUGCAUCAUCGUGAUGCCCUCGAAGAUGAGUAUGGAAAAGGUAGACGUGUUGCGAGCUCUGGGGGCUGAGAUUGUGAGGACACCCACCAAUGCCAGGUUCGACUCCCCCGAGUCUCAUGUGGGGGUGGCAUGGAGGCUGAAGAAUGAAAUCCCCAAUUCUCACAUUCUGGACCAGUACCGCAAUGCCAGCAACCCCCUGGCACACUACGACGACACCGCGGAGGAGAUUCUGCAGCAGUGUGACGGGAAGCUGGACAUGCUGGUGGCUACAGCAGGCACUGGGGGAACCAUCACGGGCAUCGCCAGGAAGCUGAAGGAGAAGUGCCCUGGAUGCAAAAUCAUUGGAGUGGAUCCCGAAGGAUCCAUCAUCGCGGAGCCCGAGGAGCUGAACCAGGUGAAACAAAUGUCUUAUGAGGUGGAAGGCAUCGGAUAUGACUUCAUCCCCACCGUGCUGGACCGAGCGGUGGUGGAUAAAUGGUUUAAGAGCAAUGACAAGGAGUCCUUCGCCUUUGCCCGGAUGCUCAUCUCUCAGGAAGGACUGCUCUGUGGUGGCAGCUCUGGCAGUGCCAUGGCCAUAGCCGUGAAGGCCGCCCGGGAGCUGCAGGAGGGGCAGCGCUGCGUGGUCAUCCUGCCGGAUUCCGUUCGAAACUACAUGUCCAAAUUCCUGAGUGACAAAUGGAUGUUGCAGAAGGGCUUCAUGGAGGAAGACCUCUCGGUGAAGAGGCCUUGGUGGUGGCACCUACAUAUUCAGGAGCUGAGCCUGUCAGUGCCACUGACCUUGCUGCCCACGGUCACGUGUGAACACACCAUCGCCAUUCUGCGUGAGAAAGGCUUCGACCAAGCACCCGUGGUGGACGAGUCAGGGGCCAUUCUGGGGGUGGUGACUCUCGGGAACAUGCUGUCGUCUCUGCUGGCGGGAAAGGUACAGCCGGCAGACCAGGUCCGCAAAGUCCUCUACCAGCAGUUUAAACCGGUCCGCCUGACAGACACACUAGGCACGCUCUCGCGCAUCCUGGAGAUGGACCACUUUGCCCUGGUGGUCCGUGAGCAGAUACAGUCACGGGACCAGGCCUGGUCAGGAGUGGUGGGGGGGCCUGAAGACCACAGCAAUGACAAGGCCAGUGAGCAGCAGAUGGUGUUUGGGGUGGUCACUGCCAUUGACCUGCUGAACUUUGUGGCGGCCCGUGAGCAGCCCCAGAAGUAGAGCUGGGCCGGCCCGACCUCCAGGAGCCCCUUGGAUUCCUCAGACACGUGCCUGAGCCUGGCAGGUGGUACGAAGCAGGUAGAUGCUUAGACCUCUGGACAGGCGUCAACUCCCACCUAACAUUCAGCUUCCUGGACAAAUCCUCCUGGGCCUCACUAGCUUAGACUGGCUUUCCUAUGAUGUCACUUCCUCCUAAACUGCCUCACUAAGGAAGAACUGAGAGAUGCUGGCCAUGGGGCGCACACACACAGCACAACGAGGGCAGUGGGCCUGUCCUUCCCCGACUCCAGAAUGGGGAGGGGCAGAGUUGCCCUGUGUCCACGCUCCUCUUCACGGGCAGCGCUGUCCUCCCGGCGUGGUGCACUGACGUGACUGGAGCGUGUGGGUUUUAGUGGAGUGCAGUUCCUGUACCCCAAAACUUAUGGCUCAAAUGUGAACAGCAGCUCGGUACCAUGGGCUGCAUUCAGAAACUCCGUUACCACCACAGCCAUCCCUCACCCACUCCCGACACACACACACACAGUGACCCUCUCUCACUGGCAAGCCCUUGCCUAUUUUCUUAGUGGACUUCCCUGUUCUGGA